AACUCUUUCCUAGCUUAGCUUGUAAUAAAUAUAAGUUCUAAUUAUUAUAGAUUUCAUGAUAUUAAAAACACAACUAUAUUCCAUAUACUCAACCUCAUAAUAAUCUCAAAAGUGCAUUAAACAUGAGUUAUGAGCCAAACACAACGCUUAACUUGAGCUUAUUGUCUAAGAACGAGCUCAAGUUGACGUCGCCCCCUUCUUCAUCGUCGCGAGUAUUUGCAUGCAACUAUUGUAGGAGGAGAUUCUUUAGCUCACAAGCCCUUGGAGGACACCAAAACGCUCACAAGUUGGAGAGAACCCUAGCCAAGAAGAGCAUGGAGAUGAGCCUAGCUGAUGCCCGAGGGCUUGGCCCAGGCACUAAUUAUAGGCAAGCCGAUGGUGCAAGGAGCUAUGGAACUAUGAGGGAAAUGGUUUAUGGUCACAAGCCUGAGAAAGGUCAAGAGGACUUUAGUCAACUUGACUUGUCUCUAAGACUUUAAUUUCACUACGGCUCAGAUGACAUUAUUUCUCCAUGUCAUGUCGAUCAUGAACUGAAAUUGGUUUGCAAUGUCAUGCACUCAUGCUAUUACAUCCAAAUUUUAUGAUGUUUCAAUGGGACCGGAAGUGGUUCUUAGCCUCUUGCCUUCUUUAAUUUCAUUAUUUCACAGAUUUGAUACAAUGUUAUUGUAGCAAAUCGGUAAAUGAAAAAGAUGUUUAGGGGUAGGAACCAUUUUACGGAGCAUCCUAUGACUUUUCAAUAGACUCAAAUCAUCCUGCAAUAUAACCUAGGGGCUUUAUAUGGCGAUCCGUACACGAUGCCCUUUAAUCGG